AUGGCCGCGGCUCCCCCGUCGACUCCGCUACUGCCGCUCGCCCUGGUGGAGUUCCGGAGUCGAUGGGAGCGCGGAGCCACGGCUGCUGCGAAUCCUCUGAAAAGCCUCCGAGAUGAAACAACUUGCUCCAUCUGUCUGAGUUUUUAUAAAGAUCCUGUGUUUUUAGAUUGCGGGCACAGUUUCUGCCGAGCCUGCAUCACCCAGUGCUGGGAGAGACCAGAUGCAGACAUCUCCUGCCCUCAGUGCAGAGAGACCUUUCCCCAGAGGACCCUCAGGCUGAACAGACAACUGGGGAACAUGGUAGAAAUAGCCAAGCAGCUGAGUGUCCCAGCAGCAGCAGGAGAAGGUUGGUGCAUGGUGCACCAGGAGCCUUUCAAACUCUUCUGUAACCAGGACCAAAUGCUCAUCUGUGUGAUCUGCAGAGAGUCCCAGGCUCACCGUGCUCACUUGGUGGUCCCCACAGAAGAGGCUGCCCAGGCCUACAAGGAACAAAUUCACGCCCGACUGAACACACUGAAGAAAGAGAGAGAAGAACUUCUGGAGUGGAAACAGGAUGCAGAGACACAAAGCCAGGAAUAUCUGGGAAAGAUAGAAGCUGAGAGGCAGAAGAUUGUGUCUGAAUUUGAGCAACUGCGGCAAUUCCUGGAGGAACAAGAGCAACUCCUGCUGGCCCAACUGGAAGAGCUGGACAAGGAAAUUGUGAAGAUACAGGAUGAAAAUGUCACCAAACUGUCUGAGGAGAUUUCCCGUCUCAGUGACUUGAUCAGUGAGAUAGAAGAGAAGUGUCAGCAGCCAACGAGUGAAUUCCUGCAGAAUGUUUUUGAUUUUCCCUCUAGGUGUGAGAAGGUGAAGUUUGAGAAACCAGUGAACGUGCCACAGGAUCUGAGAGAGAGACUCUGUGUUUCUUCCCAAAGAAAUGUUUGUCUACAAGAGGCUCUGAAGAAAUUCAAAGAGACCCUGCCCUAUCAACUGAGCUUUCUGAUCUCGAAGGCAGAGAAAGAAAUGCAGGCCACUCCGGAUCCAGACCUGGCAAAUCCUUGUUCCCUUCUGUCCAGAGAAGAGAGCGUGAUCUACAAACAUACGGAAAUUUUGGAGCACAGGUUUCACCCUGCUGCCUGUGUGCUGGGCUAUAAUGGCUUCACCUCAGGGAGAUGUUACUGGGAAGUGGAGGUCGGGAACAAACAUCUUUGGGUUUGGGGCAUUGCCAAAGAGUCUGCGAUACAAAAGGGAACGAGAAGCCGUACUCCAGAAAAGGGGAUCUGGGCUUUGCAGAGUACAGGGAAUGAGUACUUGGCCCUCACCUCCCCUAAGACUGCUCUGGACCUACCUCGUAGCCCCAGUAACAUUGGGGUUUAUCUGGAUUAUGAAGGGGAGAAAGUUACAUUUUAUGACAUUACAUCUUCUGGCAGAGAGACAAUCUUUACUUUCACAUCCUCUUUCAUUGGGAAGAUCAUCCCCUUCUUUGGGAGCCAACGUGUAGAAUAUCCAAAUCUAGGCAGUAGUGAUCCCUGGAAUGCAUACCAUUAA